AAAGGUUGGCUUACCAUUAAGCUGAGCAUUACCUAGUUAAGUUAUUGCAGUGGUUAAUAUCUUCAAGAAUAAUAAUAACAAUCGAAUAAUCCAAAUCAAAACUCUCUUUCAUUCUAAUAUUUGAUACCUUUACUACAGUUUCUUUCCUUGAUCUCAAUUCAACUUCACCAACCUGCGAGGCUUCGAGCUCUGGCACCAUCAUCAUACUACUAUCUAGCCCGAAAUCAUGGCGACUAAUCCAAGUCAAUACUUCCUCCUUGCGGAUCACAUAAAACUAUCAUUGCUGGAAAGACAACGUGCUAUCUCCUUGAAUUUGGAACCAACAUCUCAAGAUGGUCAUAUUUCACGAUCAUUAGAAUCUUUACGUGAAGGCUUGGAGAAUAUAAGGAAUGAGACGAUACGAUUGGAAGAAGCCGGGGAGACAUCGUAUGUUGGAUUUAUUUAUUCCCACCAGAAUGGCAUAUAUGUCUGAUUACAUUCUUUCAAUUCGACCUUGAACUACAUCUGCGCAUCCUAUAAGUUUUGCGCAGCACAUAUCCUCUUGCGCAUAAACUAACAAGUCUCCAGCCAAUCCCUCACUCUCAAAGAAACUGAAAAUACCCUUCGAUCCCAGUACGACGAUUUAGCAUCCCAAUUCCUAGGCCAUCCUACCUCCAGUACCUCGUCAACACUCUCUCAUCCCAAUGACCCCUCCCUAUCCGACGACUUCGCCCGAGCAACCGAACGCCCGAGGGUAGGAUCCUCAUCAUCCUUCCUCAAGAAGUCACUGCGCAACUCAAACGUCACACCAUCUUCCAAAUCAGUCCGCUUCAGCGACUCCCCCUCAAUCCAAGGAGCCGACGACCCCUCCCGCGCAGCACUCUUUCCCUACCGCGAUGACCCCACUUCCGGUCCACCCGAUCAAAGCCAUCUAGAUAACCAACAAAUUCACACAUAUCACACUCGAGUUCUCGCCGAGCAAGAUGAAGCACUUGAUAGACUUGGGGAAAGCAUUGGGAGACAGAGAGAGCUCAGUAUACAAAUAGGUGACGAAUUAGAUGAGCAUGUACAGAUGUUGGAUGAGGUAGACAGAAAUGUGGAUCGACAUCAAACUAGACUGAACAAAGCGCGAAAGAAUCUAGGAACAGUAGCGAGGAAAGCAAAAGAUAAUAUGCAAAUGACUAUUAUUUUGAUCUUGAUCAUUAUACUAGUCUUGUUAAUCAUCAUAUUAAAGUAGAUGUUGAGUACAAACAAGCUGGUGUAGGACAACUUAGCAAACAUGAUGAGCAUAAAGCGCAGGGAAUCGGAGUAUGGAGUGCAAAGGGAAACAGAGGAAGAUGGAAAGAGGUUUUCUGUAGAAUACUUACUCACUUGGCUCCUUGAAAUAUUCAUAUUAAUGGCUGGCUACAUGGGUUAACUACCAGAGCAGUUAGCAUUUGGAAUGUCUUUAAAUUUCUGGAGCUGGGGCGUUGGUGGCUUUGUAAGAUUUUGUUCGAUAAGUAUAUACAUAUACACAUACAUCUCAGAAU